AUGGGUAUAGAAUUAUGUCAAAUACUCGAUAAAGAAUUCGACCAAAAUGAAAUUGAGUCAACGUACCUAUGGGAUUUCGACUCUUACGCAGCUCAAACGCUAAGCCGAAUAGACCUUUCAACGCUUGCAGUCGAUUUUUCUCGGGCAAAUCCUAUUUUAAUUAAAUACUCGAUGAGUCUUCCAAAAAACCAAAUGCUUGGGAUAUAUAAUAAAGAAGACCUACAAUACUUAUUUAUAGCUGAUGAGAAUUUUAAUAUCGAAAUAAUAGACUCUUGCAGUACUUCUUCAUAUGUUCAUUAUUGCUUUACCUCAUGCUUUUAUGAUGACGCAAUAUUUAUUUUUGAAGGUGAAAUUGAUUUUUCUCAAGGAGGUAUCAUAUCUCAACAUGCAAAAAAAUAUCUAAUAUCACAAAAUAAAUGAGUCUAUUUAUCAGAGCCUCUAUGCUACUCCCCAUACUCAUGCACUGGAAUCAACCAAAAAAUCAUUAUUGCUGAUAAUGGCCCGUACUUAUGAGUUUAUGAUAUCUUUUUGGAUUCUUAUAGCUCAACUUUCAUUAAAUACUUUGACAAAAAGGCAGAGCAAAUACUAGUCAAAGUCUCAGGAAAAAUCUAUUUGAUAGUCUUUCAUACAUAA